AUGUCCCAGCCCAGCCCUGAAUCACUUCCAGCUGAGUCCAAACCAGCUGCACUGGACCUGCUGGGAAUGCAUGGGCAGGACGACGCCUCAUCAGACCUCAGACUGGAAACUCCUCCAGAGCUCCAGAGACAGAUCCCUUGGCAUGCUGGGCACACAGAGACUGCCCCAGCAUCUCCCCCAUGGUCCCCGAUUCCACUGGUACUUGGGAUAAUGUUGGUGUGCCUGCUUUUCCUGAUCACUGCCAGGGUGUAUGGUGCUCAGAUGGCUCAGUUGGGCAUAGAGCGGAAAAGCCUCCUCGAGCAGGUGGGAUACCUCUCAUCUGAGCUGACAUCCUGUCAAAAUCAAGGCAUUCCAGGAACUGUACGGGAGCUGCCUCAUGAUAUAGGGGAGAAGUGUCCAGCGCGGUGGAGUCACAGUACAAAUAGGUCCUACCUUUUCUCUCCUAAAAAGAGACGUUGGGAUCAGUGUAAAUACUCUUGCAGUUCUCACUCUGCAAGCCUGAUCACGAUGGACAGCAGAGAAGAGCUGGAUUUCAUAAUGACUGAGUCAUUUCACUAUUCUGAAGACCGUGGAAGCACUACAUACUACUUCCCAUUCUGGACUGGAUUGGUGUAUGACUCUCUCCAGGAGCUGGGGCUUGAAGGGAGAAUCCAGUAUGGCUGGACUCUGCUGGUGUCUUCAAUAAUGAGGACUAAAAAUGCUGGACUCAAACAACGGGAGCAGGGCAGAUACACCUUCUUGUGUCCAAAUUCAGAAGUCCAUCAUCCUCCGCUUGUGAUCUGUGAAGAAAAAGAAAAGCACAAUGGGCCAGAGCUUGUGCUGGUGUCAGAGCUCCUUGGGCUCCAGUGGAACGAUGCUGACUGGCACCAGCAGAAGAUCCGGCCUGGUUGUAUGAAGGAGCCCCAUCUCUGA